AUGGCGGGCGCGCUGUUCCCGCCGGCCGAGCUGGCGGCGGAGCUGGAGUGCUCCAUGUCGCUGCUGGAGGUGCGCGCCGGGGGCAGCGCGGAGCAGCAGCAGCAGCAGCAGCAGCAGCAGCAGUCGCCGCAGCCGUGGGGGGCGGGCGCGGAGGGCUCGUACAGCGCGGAGCUGCUGCCCAUGGUGUUCCUGUGCGCCGGCUGCAAGCGGCCGGUGGGUGACACGCUGAGCUGGGUGUCCAACGACGAGGAGGGCGGCUGCAUCCUGCUCCGCAGCGCGGCCGCCGGCGUCUCGGUGGACCACAAGAGGAAGCUCUCCAAGCUGCCCGACGAGUGCGGAUGUGUGGUAGAAACCUUGUUCUGUUCUGGCUGCUCGAGGACACUUGGAAGCAUCUACAGGUGCACCCCAAAGCAUCUCGACUACAAGAGGGGUUUGUUCUGUUUCAGCAUUGAUUCUAUUGAAAGCUAUAUUCUGGGAUCCUCAGAAAAGCAAGCUCUUACUGAUGAGGAGCCACUGACUCUUGAAAGUCGAGCUGUCUUGCAAGAGGUGCUGCAAAGGGCACACACUAUAUUAAAAGCUCUGGAGACAAGACUGACAGCUAUCGAGUCGUGUGUGACUCCUCUGCCCAAGAAAGUCUGAAAGAAAUUUAACUGCUGAAGAUUGGAGAACUUUUGUGAAACUUUUCCUUGUAAUCUUCUGGGAUCUGUGGAAACAUUGCAAAAGCUGUCAGGGAGCUGAAAGAGUGGCUCAUGCUGUAGUAGAACAGUGCUGAGUCUGCAUCCUGGCCCUCCUAGCCAACCUCUUCUUUCUCUUAAAAGGAUACUCCAGAUAGAAAUAGGUUGUUGGGUUGUUUUUUUUUUUUAACAAGACUUCUGAUAAAUCAGUCUGUAGACUUCUGGUUUAAUGUAAAUAUUUAUUUAAAUGUUUCUCUCUGAAAGCAGAGAAUUUACCUCCUGGAUUCCCUGAUAUUCAAUAUCUAGUGAACUGGGCGUGCAUUUUCCUAAACCAAUGCAAAACCUCCCUGUGAUGCUGUGAUGUCUGAAGGAACAACAUUAAGUCACUUUCCUUUGUCUUGUCUCCACAGCCUUUGCUCAACUCAUGCUCAGAGGACAGGAAUGGGCCAAACCUGUGGUUUGGUGGUUUGUUAGUUUGAUGGGGUUUUUUUACAAGUUCAAGGCAAAAAUGUGACAUGAAUAAAGGCUUUAAGAGCAUUAGAUAAAAUGGCUUUUCUAUACUGUAAUGCUCCAGUUUUAAAGCUUUACGCUUAACUGGAAAUAUAUAUUUAAGAAUUUUAAGUUUGCUUACUAAAUUUUCGAAAAACUUUUAGUGUGUUAUUGCUUUGAAGUCACGUCUGGAGAAAACGUUGCUACGCUUUCUCUAAGAGAAUUUAUUUUAAUUUAGCGAGAAAAUAAGACAUUUUGGCAAAAGGUUUUACAGGGAUAACAUAAGUAGAAGUAUUUCACCAAAAUACCCAGCACACAGAUCCAGUUCACAAAAGCAUCCACCACAAAACAAUCAGUACACCAUCUUAGUAAAACACAGCUCGUUGGUUUUAAGUUACCCACCAAAGAAAGGAAUAAAGGAAGAAAAGAAAGAAGUAAGAAAUAGGAGAGAGGAAGGAGAGGAAAAAUAGUUACCACCAUGAUCUGAUGGCUCACGUGGUGGCAACCAGACGACAAAAGCUCACUUGGCGUCUCGUGCUCCCACAUUUAUAUAGUUUGGUCCUGCCUCCCAGGUGGGAUAUCCAGGCAUUGACCACUCAGUGCCUUCCAGGCUGGAGUCAGGUGUGGUGCAGCCACUCACAGGCUCCAGGGGUGUGGUGUGGGUGACCUACCAGGCAGGUCUGCCUGACUGACCCCAGCUCUUGGGGCUGCCACGUGCGCUCCAUGGGCUCAGCCGUGUUGGCUGCAACCCUUGUCAAGUGCCUUGAGGCUCUGCCACGUGCUCUCUGUGGGCAGGCCUUACCCUGUACCUGCAGGGCCAGCCACACACUUAAGUGGGUUUAUUCUGACCCCCAUGGGUGUAUAAUUCAGUGAGAUUCAAACUCGGUGUCUCACACGAGCAGUAUUGAAGGUCAGAUGUUUUAAGUUUCAAAAGGAGGAAAAGAAGGCUGGUGGCAGCACCCCUUUAGGCAAAACUUGGUAUGUAUUUAAGCAAUGAAUUCAAAAUGCUAAUUAGGAACAUGUGCCAACAAUUUUUUUUGUUCUAUUGCAGAUACUUCAGUUAUUUGUCUUUGGUCUUUUAUGCAUUUGACUAAUUGUCAGUGUUUCUUGUACAGUAUGAGUGUUCCACCUAAUGUUUUUCAAUAAAAGCAAACAGCUGUAGUCUAAAGCAAGAAUAACUUCAAAAAGUGGGAAUUUUUUACUACCAAACACUACUUAAUUUUACUAGUGAGGUUUUACGUUUUCUUCAAAAACUCAGAAUUAAUUUCCCCAUUCUGCUCCACUGGCUGUUUCUCUUAAAAAAGCUUCUACUCUCCACCUUCACUUGCUUUAUUUUGAAGUGGUGUUCAAGUUUAGCCUGUAGUGAUGGGUCUCAUAGUCUUUUAUGCUUAGGUAACUAAAAGAUUUUGCUACUGACUUACCUGCUAGAGGAGCUUAUGUUACUCCAGUGUAAUUUUUGAGGCAAUUUCUGCUCUUACAAGUUUUUGAAUGCUGGUCAACAGCAAUAUACCUGGGUGUCUGAAGAGAGCCAUGGAUUGCCCUUUAAUUGAAGGUUGGUUGAUGUUAGAGGCUGAAUAACCCAACGUUUAUCAAGCUGGAGGUGGUGUCUAGUGGGUUCUUGUCAUUGUUCAACUCUGAGAUGUGGCAAUCUCCAUUGGCUUGGUCUGUUCUUUUGGUUUGGCCAUAUCCUGAGUCACCCUGGUAUCAGGCGUUUUACUCUCGUCUUGCACAAACUUGCAUGCAAAGCCCAAAGAGCAAGAUAUCUGCAGCAUCUAAAGAGGAUUUAAACUUCCCAGCAGCAAUUCUAAUGGACUAAAAGGGAAAACGGAUGAAGGGUUGGGAAAACAUACGCCCCUGUAUUUCUCCACAAGGAUAGGUGCCAUUAUCCUUAAAUCCCCAGAGGAAACAGCUUAAGCUAGAGCAGGAGUGCAGCCUUGAGGACACAUUCCAGAUGAGACUCACAGGUAUUCAAUGUGCAGUGUCAUAUACCCAACAUAUGAACUCAAAAGCAGUUAUCAAUACUUGAGUCUUAUAAUUUGAGCUGAAGAAAACAGCCAGGCCACUUGGCAUGGUUAUGUGCCAUGGUUACGUGCCAAAGAAAAGCAGCUAACUCAGGCUGCAUGGUGCCUAGGGGCUCCCAAAUCAAUACACAGAUGGAUUACACAAGAGCUGUUACCCUUUUUUCACCUUUCCCCUCGUCGAGCCCCAUGUUGGGCCCCAAUAAAUGUCUCAGUUUAAUGAGACAGAAAUGUUUGCCUUAGGAGAGCGGGAUAGGAGAAAAACCAAGCUCUUCCUUCUGAGUUAGCUGUAACUUCGAAAUUAAGAGGCUCCAGUCGAAAAGGUGUGGAAAAGAAAAUAACAACUCUUUAGUAAAGAAUAUGUGUAGAUAGAUAGAUAGAUAGAUAGGUAACACCCCAAACCAAGCAGCAGUCCCGUAACCAAACUCCCACCGAAAACAAGGAGGCGCUUUUGGCCCUUGGGCGCAGUUACAGCCACGCCGAGCAGGGGGCGCUGCUGGGCCCCAGGAAAUGCCGGUUUUUGGGAACAAGGGAGCGGUUCCCGAAUUCCAGAGGAGCCCGCGUGGCCAAGGGCGGGUCUCAGCCGCGCCAGCUGGGCUGAGAACCCAGGGUGAGCCCCCCACAAGGACUAUCUUGCUGAAUCCCCCCCGCAGGCAGCGCCAGCCCCGCGCAGUCCGCGCCGCGCCCGGGGCUGCGGUGGCGGCACUGGGAAGGGAUGGAGGGCCCGUCUGUCCAGCGAAAAACGGGGAGACCGCAGGACGAAUGGGAACUCUUUUGGUCCUCAGCAGCUCCGAAGAGGUGUCCAGGCACGGGGCAGAGGUGAAAAACCCGGGACUUCCCUCGGGGCUCAAAGAAGCCAAAAAUGGCCCGGCCAAAAAGAUGAACCCCAAAACCAAGCACCUCCCAGCCAGAAACUGCCAGCCCUUGUUUCCCUUCUGGCUGCUGCUGCUUCAGCUAAAGUUAUAGAGUACAAAAAUCUACCUUCUCUCCCUGCCUCGGGUAAAGGAAAACAAAAGUCCUGCUUCUUGCAGAGAAAAGUCAUUAGUGUUUCAAUGGGACAAUCCAAGCCAGGCGAACAAUGAAGCCUGAACUUACCCCAUCCUACACAGGCUCUAGGUGUGGGACAUUCACCAUGAGCUAAAAAACCAACAAACCACAAAACAACAAAACAACUCAACCAAAAAAAACCCCCCAAAAACAAAAACAACCCGAAACCCUCCCUAUAACAGAGUGCCUAGAAUUUCACAAUUAGAAGGAGUAGGUCAGCAAA